AUGUCUUAUGGCCAGUACCAAAACAAUCCCUACUCGCAAGGCCCGGAGGCCGAGCAGGGAUAUGGCUACGACCAGAAUCAGGGCCACGAGAUGCAACCAUAUCCUCAGGACUCGAACCCCGUCGGAUCCCUCUCGCAGCAAGACUUCCUCCAGCGCAUCGGCCUCCUCCGGGACGAAAUCGGCACCCUAACCAAGAACGUCCAAGCAAUCGCAUCACUGCACCAGCGCGCUCUCGCCGAGUCGGAUAAUGGCCUCUCGGCCCAGCAGCUCGAGCGAUUAGUGAGCGAGACGCAAGCGCUCAACCGGGGCAUUCGCGACCAGCUCAAGUUCCUCGCCACCGACGCCAGUCGGACAACAGACGGCAGCGAGGCGCUCAAGAACCGCCAGGUCAACACCAUCAAGAACGAUUUCGAAUGCGAGCUCAAGAACUACCAAAAAGAGGAGAGCUCGUACCGCCAACGCUACCGCGACCAGAUUGCGCGGCAAUACCGCAUUGUGAACCCAGAGGCGAGCGAUGACGAAGUCCGCCAGGCAACCGAGGCCGACUGGGGUAACGAGGGCGUGUUUCAAACUGCUCUGCGUACCAACCGUACCGGUCAGGCCACAUCCGUCUUGGGCAAUGUGCGGGCACGUCACAACGAGCUGCAGAAAAUUGAGCAGACUUUGAUCGAGCUGGCAUCCAUGUUCCAGGAUAUAGCUGUUCUGGUAGAGCAGCAGGAAACGCCCGUGCAGACAGCCGAGCAAAACGCCGAGAACACGACCAAGUGGACCGAAGAGGGCAAUGUUCACGUGGGCAAGGGCAUCAAGAGCGCGCGCAAUGCCCGCAAGUGGAAAUGGUAUUGUCUUCUCCUUGUGGUGCUCAUCAUCAUCGCGAUCGCUCUUGGUGUCGGCUUGGGUAUUUACUUCCGUCAGCACCCCCCAGGUAGUAACUAG